GCAGCGGCCGAGCGAGAAGGAAGAUAGGAAGGAACGGCGGCGAGCGCAGAGGUGUGCCGGCCGUCGAGCUGCUUACCGGAAGGGGUGCGAAAAAGCGGGCAAGCUGCGCCGGAAGGGGGUAGCCCGGGCUUCUCGCGAAGGCCUCAAAAUUUCGGACGCGACGGCGGCCCUGGACCUGCGUGCUCAGACGCAAGCCCAACCAGACUUCGGCCAGCUAGACCACCAGCAGCCGCAGCAUCACCAUCAACAGCAGCCGCCGCAGCAGCAGCAGCAGCAACAGCAGCAACAGCAACCUCAACAACAGCCGCAACAGCAACAACAGCCGCAGCAUCCGCAGCAGAACCAAAAUCCAGAGUCGCGUCCUCACCAUCACUUGCAACAGCAGCAUCACCAUCAGCAUCACCCGGGGAAUCAUCUCCACUCUGGCGAUUCGGGGGGUGGGAUAGGAGGAGGAGGAGGCGGAGGAGGAGGUGGCGGCGGCGGCGGAGGUGGCGGCGGAGGUGGCGGCGGCGCCGGAAGCGCCGGUGGUGUUGCUGUUGUUGCUGGCGGAGGACUGCCCGUCGCCGAGCCGGAUCGGUCCGCGAGGAUCCACGACGACGACGAAGAGGAUAUCACCGAGCGGGAGGACGAGGAGGAGGACGAAGAUCCUUGCAGCUCGCCGGAGCCCGACCUUGAAAACGAAUCCGAACCUAUGGAGAUCCAAGCCUCGGCUGUUACCGCGGCGGCGGCGAAUCUCCACGCGCUACGCCAACACGUAUUCAAGAUGUCGGAUUAUUGGCAGCAGCCACAGCGCGGUCCGCCUCAGCAUUCGCCCGGACUACAGCAUAGUCCUAUCUCGAAUUCGACCCAGCAGCAGCAUCAACAGCACCAGCAGCACCAGCAGCAGGUCCAGCAGAUGCACAGUCCGCUCAGUCAGCAGCAACAGCAACAGCAGCAGACCGCGGUCUCACAGGUACAACAGAACGCGAACGCGACCCUCGGUACCGCGAGUCCGCAACAGCAAUUGCAGCAGCAGCAGCAGCAGCAGCAGCAGCAGCAGCAGCAGCAGCAGCACGCAAUGUCGAUGAAUCAGACCAACCAAGGACCACAGCAUCAGUCUUCCCCGGCACCGACGACGCCGUCGCCGCAGGCGGACCAUCAGGGCGCCAUCGCCUCCAGCAUGGCCCAGAGCCUACACAGUCUUGCGCAAGCACAGCAGACCAUGUCCCAAGCGUCGAGCCCGUCCCUGGCGGUGCAGGCCGUUCAGGCGGCUCAGGCGCUCAAUCAGAAUCUCGGUCAGGCGUUGACUCAGGCGCUCACGCAGAACAUGCAGCAGAAUCUCGGACAGACUCUGCAACACAAUCUAGCGCAGAGUCUGACGCCGAAUCUGUCGCCGCAGCAGCAACAGCAGCUGCUUAACCAGCCGCAGAAUCUGAGCCAAGCGAGUCAAAGCCUGCAACAAAACAUCCAGAACCAGGCGCAAAAUCUGUCGCAGACGCUACAACAGCAAGCGCAAAAUCUGACGCAGAAUCUCGGCCAGGCGCUCAACCAGCAGGCGCUACAGCAGCAGGCGCAAAAUCUCACGCAAAAUCUGCAGCAACAAGCGCAGAAUCUCACGCAGAAUCUACAGCAGCAGGCCCUCAAUAUGGCUGGUACCAUCGCGCAGAACGGCGGCCUCGCCGGGAUGAAUAUGUCGGCCGGUCAACAGCAGAAUUCUCAAAACUCGAUGCUGAGUCCGGGCGCGACCAGCCAGGAUUCGCACGACGCCACACUCACGGAGAAGCUUGUCAACGAAUUGCAGUCUCGUGCCUCUGCGGCGGGGCUUGGAGGUGCAGUAGGUGCCGGCGGUGGUGGAGGAAUGGGCAACAUCAGUGAACGCACCCUCGAGGAAUGCUGGUCUACCCUGCAGCGAUUCUUCUCGCAGAUCUUCAUGCACAAGAACGCGAUGCAGAUGCACGCGAGGGAGCUUGGCGCGGGUGCGCUGACGGCGAGGCCCGGCGGCGGCAUCGCCGGAGGUCUGGCCGGUCUUGGCGUCGGUGUCGGCGUCGGCGUCGGACCCGGCGGCAUGAUCGCCGGCAACGAGGUUAAGCCGCACCAGUGCCAGCAGUGCCUCAAGUCGUUCUCCAGCAAUCAUCAGCUCGUGCAGCACAUCAGGGUCCACACCGGCGAGAAGCCGUACAAGUGCAGCUACUGCGACCGCAGGUUCAAGCAGCUCAGCCACGUGCAGCAACACACACGACUGCAUACGGGUGAACGACCGUACAAGUGCCAUUUACCGGACUGCGGGCGGGCCUUCAUCCAACUGUCGAAUUUGCAGCAACACCUGAGGAAUCACGACGCUCAGGUGGAGCGGGCGAAGAACCGGCCGUUCCACUGCAACAUCUGCGGCAAGGGCUUUGCCACGGAGUCCAGCCUCCGUACUCACACGUCGAAGUGUUCGAAGUACCCAUGGCAACGAUUAAAGGAGUUGCAACAGCGUGUUGUGUUCCAGCAACACGCCGCCCUGAUCGGCGGCCCGAACGCAACCAGCUGUCCAGUAUGCCACAAGCUUUUCCUCGGCGGCGAGGCGCUGAUGGAGCACAUGAAGCACACCCACAAGGACCCGAACGCCUCCGGAGUUGCCAUUCCCUCCGCUGACUGCACAACCUCCGUUGCCGGGGUUUACCUAGCGAAGCGACGGACCGCCAACCACCCGUGCCCAGUGUGCGGGAAGCACUACGUCAACGAGGGUAGCCUUAGGAAGCAUCUAGCCUGCCAUCCUGAGACCAGUCAGCUUAGCACGAGCCUCAGGAUGUGGCCGUGCUCGGUGUGCCAAGCCGUCUUCACUCACGAGAGCGGUCUCCUGAGCCACAUGGAGCAUAUGAGGAUGGACCCGAAGCAUCAAUUCGCGGCGCAGUAUGUGCUAAGCCGCGCGGCCGCCGAAAGGCGGGAGAGAGAGAUCCUCGCGAGCUCGAGUUUAGGAGCGGGUUUGGGCGUGUUGGGCGGAAGUCAGUCCGGAGGACCGCAAAACUUACAACAACCACCAAUGUGCCCGUCGCCGUCGGCCCAUUCGGACAGCAGUAGCGGCAACGGAAGACUGUCGUCGGCCGGUAGUGAACCUGAUUUUUGCGCAGGCACCGGUCUACUGAACAACAAUAACAAUAACAACAACAACAACAUGGCAUCGCCGGGACCGAGCGGCAACAAGCUUAGCGAGAUGUUACGAGCGGGUAGCCAACCGGGCUCGGCGCAGCAGUACCACGACGAGAUGCAGUCGCAGCAACAACGUAUGGCUGUCAUGGCAGCCGCCGUGUCAGCGGGAUUGCAAAAUUCCGUGUCACCCAACCUGUCACCGGUUGACAUGGCGUCGCUUGCGGCGGCCAUGAGAAUGGGCAAUAACGGUGACAUGAGCGGCAGUACUCAAGGAUCGACGGGACCCCAACAGCAAGGGGUGCAAGCGAGCGGGCCAGAGCAAGCUCUGAGAAUGCAUCAGGCGGAAGCUUUGCUCCGUUCCCAAGCCGAAGCUGCUCUUAGACUCGCGGUAUCUCAAGCGGCGGCAGCCGCAGCAAGUUCCGCGGUGGGCGGCGAUGUGAGGCAUCAUUUAGGACAACAUAAUGGAGGUAGCACUUCCGGCAUGCCGGGACAUCAUACGAAUCAACAAAUGUCUCAACAGGAUACCCUAACGCCGGAUCUCGGAGAAGCGUUGCGGCUACAAGAGCAGCGAUUAGAACAGGCUCUUAGGCUCCACGGUGAUCCGCGUGCCCUGAGCUUCACUCUGGCUCAACAUGUCGUCAAUCAGCAGAGCAAUCAGCAACCCUGAAAAUUCAGUUACUACUGAGACGAGUGGACCCCUUGGGCGCCGGAUCAGAUGGCCCUGCAACAAAACGAGCGCAUGAAUCAACAACAAUCGCAAUCGUCGACAGAGCGCUCGACGUCGCUGCACGAUCAACAACAACAGCAGCAGCAGCAAGGUCCGUCUUCCAUCGGUCAUCAUCAGCAGCAGCAAUCACAACAACAACAGCAGCAGCAGCUUGAAGACCGUGGCGUCAAGAGAAAAGCCGACGAAAUGAUCGGUAACUCCGAAAACGCGUAAGAGCAAUCACAUUCGGUUACAGAUAACGAUGACGUUAUCGUUAUCGCCGACGUGAUUUACUCGAGCGCCCAAGUGCGGUCACUAGAUUUUCGCUCAUUGUCUCAGCAGUAAGAAAAUGUCGAGCAAACAAAAAGACUUGGAGGGAAAAUGUGUAAUUCGGUGUCUUCCUACUCGGAUAGAACCGACAUGGCCGGACCAACCGGAAACCGACCGAGAGGACAUCCGUCUCUCUCGGCCGACGAACUCUCCGGAUGGGACUGUGCUAAGAGGAGAGUGAGAAUACGUAUGCGUAUAGCAAUCCGUUGCACGGCGCGAGGCGGAAGGAUCGCGGUGGCGAUGGCCGUUUCUCGCGAUUUCCGCGUAAUUCCCGCGCGAUAUUCGCGCGUCGUUGUUCCUACACCGGUCCUGGAUCAAGAAUCUUCCGAACGGAUCUACGACGGCGUUAUUCACGUCGGAGUGUUUCGUCAAGAUUCUCAGGACACGUCGCCACCGCCGUACCGCCGCCUCGACUUCCGAAACGUGCCAUAAUAACUAACGAGAAGCUGCUGAAGUAAAAAAACAGUAAGCCAUCCCGGGCGUCCUGUCCCGGGAUGCACCCCGAGGUACUAUGAUCUUUUUAGUACAAGAGCCGAUCAAGCGAUACGCGACGGUUAUCGAGGAUCCAACGGGCGAUCCUCGACCGUCCCGUAUGGCCGGGCUCAACAAAUCUAAACUACUAUAUAAAUAUUAUACAUAGAUACGUCUAUCUCUACCGAACCGCGCUUAAAAGGUUCCACUCCUUCAACCCCUAAUCUUAGAAGAAAACUCCCGUAAUGCUUAAAGCAAAUUACACACCACCGCAACACCCACGUACGAAGGCUCAUCGUCAUCUUAGUGUGCGUCGCGCGGUCGCGGUGGACAUUUCACCAUCACCGGUGGUGCCGUGUCGCCGUGUUGUACGGUUGUUAAUUAUAUACGUACUGAAAUCCCCUUCCCCGUGUGUGUGACAGACGGACCCAACGCGAUCCGUACGGACGUUCCCUCACCUGCGAGCAACGUUUCGCGCCACGACGACAAAGGGACGUUGACAUUUCGCGCUCGAGAAACGAACGUCGUCGGACGUACACGCGUUGAAACAGAUACGUACGCACACACACGCCAAAACACACACGGAAAUACACACAGAGAUACACAUAUGUACAAUACAACUCACACACACAUAUAUAAAUAUAUAUAUAUAUAUAGAUUAAAACUCAUCAGCAGCACACUUUUAAGGUGAAGAUAUAAUGCGCGCAACUUGUGCUCGUCGGUAGCACGAAAACUAUUAGCUCAUAAGCGAACAAACAAAAUAUAGUUAUUACAAACAGUUAUAUUAUAUAUAUUAUAUAUACAUACAGAGUAUGAAGAGAGAAAGAGAGUAUGACACAGACAAAAAAAUCGGGCGAAACCCUUCACACUUACACGUUUAAUUGAAGAAAAUACGGUAAGCGUGAAAGAGCAAGCACUUUUCGUGAGCAAAACACGCGACGGAGAAGAGAGAAAUAAAAAAACUAAAUGCUAAAUAUUAUAUAUAUAUAUUAUAUAUAUAAAUAUUAUAAAUAAUGAAUAUAUAGGGUCUAUGAGACUAGGAUAGUUAGGCGAAAGGGAAAUAUGAGUGAAUGCGGAGCGCGCGCCCCCGUAAGUUUUACGUGAUCUCAAGCAUUGUCGAUGAGAGAAUGUGACAACUCGGAGAAAAACGAAGAGCGCGAGGAGAAGACGUGUGCGAAAAAGAGCGAACGAAAUUGAGAGAGCGAGAGAGAGAGAGAGAAAGAGAGAGAGAGAAAGAAGGAAUAUGUGAAUGAUUUUACGAAUGAACGACCUUGGGAUCAGCGUAAAUGCGCGGGCGCGCCAUCGAACGGAUGAACAGAUUGAAUGAACGUGAAUGCUUCGUGAGCAUCAAGGAAGAGCGAAUGCGAGGAUGAGAGUGAGAUUUUAGAAUGGCGUGCUUCAGGUAAUCUGAGGUCCUGUGAUCGUUAUAAGCGAAAUAUUUUUUUAUUUCCGGGUAAUAUAAUCUAAAACGCGUAAAACUUCUUGCGUCGUUUUGAACUUUUACUUGCAAUAUACCGUUACGUUCUCGCAAUACUUAGGAUGAAGAAGAAUAAGAAGAAGACGAAUAGAAAUAAAGAAGGUGGAUGAACAAAAAGAACAAACAAAAAAAAAUACGAUACGAAGAUGAGGAUGACGAGGGAGAGGAAGAAUAUGAAAAAACAAAACUCGUAGGUUUGAUCGUGGAGCGAACUUUUAGAGACUCGGCCUUGCCCUCCUGAAAAAACGUUCCCCCUUUACGCGUUCCCAUCAAUCUAAAUCCACCAAAUUUUCCUUCACCUUUCCCCAUCUCUUCGAACUUUUGACAAAACUUACGGAUCGUCCGUACUUUCGAUGGAGUUAUCUUUCGAUGAGAGACCAGACGAGACGCUGACUGGAGAGAAAUAUGUUUGACAUUUGAUUGAAAAUCAUUUUUCGACAUAGAAUAACGGAAACGCGGAUUCUCAAAAGAAAACAAAACCGACGGAAAUAGACAGGUGAUUCAAAAAAAAAAAAAGAAAAAUAAAAAGAAGAAGAUAAAAAAUAUUGGAAACUCGAUUUGAUGAGCAUUCACCUACGAUACGAUUCGAUUUCUUCAUUUCUUCGACUGGCAAUCGCGGAUUGAUAGAAUGCGGAAUUGAAUGAUAGCGUGUCGAAUUUUUUCACAUUUCUGGACAUCAACAUCGACCGCGUUACUGUUGUUGUUGUUGUUGUUGUUUUCAUCCGAAAAUUCUCGACGAAAUCUUUCGUUUUUGACCGACUCGAUUUUGAAAAACACUCCGGCACUAUUUGAUCCUUGCUUUUUACCAAAAAAUCCCCCUUCUCUUCCCAUUACUAUAUUUAAAAAAAAAUUGAAAUUUUGUUUGAAAUAAAAUUUCGCCUACGAAUAUAAAUAGUAAAAUUUUUCUCUCGUUGUGUCUUUAUGUGGAAAUGGCAUUUUCCAAAAAAAACUCUUCAAAAUAUUUUUUUAAAUACUCUCAAUUCUCCUAUUCAUAGUCCCUCUUUCAAAUCCCUUUGUUCGCCGAAAUUACGAAAGUAACCUAACGUCGUCAUCUUCGUUGAACGUAAAAAACACGCGCCGAAAAGCCGCCGGAUAGCCAGGCUUUUUGACCAUCUGGGACGAGAGAAGGAAAGAUUGCUAAAGGAUUCAUCGUCAAAGCUACAUUAACGAUCGCACUCGUCUCGCGAUCGGAACUCGACGGGCACGUCCGAUAUGUUUUCGAAAAAUUUGUGACUCUCGAAAACGUCUUUAUUAUUAUUGAGAUCGAUUAUUCGCACAAAAUCAAUUCGGAAAAUUUAUAAUCUUUAUUAAAAUCUUUGGAUUUACCUUUAUUUUCGCGAGAAAGAAAAUACUUUAACAGAGGGCCUCCCUCGAGUUCCGGGGAUCGCAACCGCGGGUCGAUUCAUUGAUCGUUAUUAUUAAAGUUUUUGCGUUACAGGGCGUUUUUUCCUCGGAUUAUGUAGUAUGUAAAUACACCUUGAUAUCACAAGCAUAAACUGAGAAUUUACUGGUAAACUUAAACGAACGUACAUAAUGCGAAAUAGGGUUAGUUUCUAUGUAAAUACCUAAAGCUGGACGAGUGCAUACACCUCGUUCACGCAACCAACGAUAAUCGUUUCUUAUCAAACCAGAGCUUCUGUUCGUUAUCGGUGCGUGUCCCUGAUGAUCGGCGAUUGCUUCCGUCUGUUCGAUAUUCCUAUUCAGAAAAGCAGAUUUAACAUCUCAAGGAAGGAUCACGCGCGGAAGUGUUCACCGUCUGUCUGGGACAUCACCGAUCGGGAAAUUCUUUUUUUUUUCUCGACACCGAUACUCUGACACAUUAAUACACUUACACACAGACACUCACAUCAUACGGCAUUGCGAUGGAUUGUACAGUUACGAUGGGAACACACGAAAUACCUAAAAUGCAAUCUUCGUACACUUUGACGCCCACAUAACAUCGUAGAGACCAAUUUUUCGGAAAGUUUUCAUUAAAUAAUAUAAUCUUGUUUUUUUGAAAAACACAAAAGUCACAAAUAAUCAGACACGAUUAGGACGAGUUAGUAUAGCGAAAGUUUGAAGCGCUUCUUUUACGAGAUGUAGCGUACUGCAGAAAAUUAAGAAUGAAAGAAUUAGAAAAAAUCUGAGAUAAAAAAGAAAAUGCAAAAUUUCUAAAUUUCAGCGUAAAAAAAUCGAAUGAAAAUAAAACCGAUAAUUGUGAGUUUGAAGAGUGAAACGAUGGAGUGGAUGAAGAGAGCUUAGUUAGGCAAAGCUGUUUAGGCACGUAUCGCGCGACCGUAGCAAAAUUCUCGUUGGAAAUUGCAAAAUAUUCGAAACGAAUUCCAAUCUAUAACAAUUUUCAAAGAAUGCAAUUUUUAUUUCACGGUCUCUAAUCACGAGCGUCGAGAGGUAUCGAGAAUGAUGCAUGAAACGGUAGUAAGAGCGCGAAAGAAUGAAGCAAGAAAGGAUGAAAAGAGAGAUCAGCGUUACUACUUACCAUCUCACUAUCACCAUCACAAAAAAUUUUUAAUAAAACAACAACAACAAAAUACAAAACACUACCACCACUACCACGUCGAGAUCCUUCAUGAUGAUCGCGGUCAUGAAACGAUUGAUAGACGGCUGUUUUCUACCGGUGCAUCCUGCCGUGCGCCGAGGGUUGCUUUUUUUAAUUAACGAAGCGACAUAAAAGAUCGGGACGGGAUGGUUCUCAAUCUUUUUCCGAUCGCCAAUUAAAAUGCACAUCUCGCGCGAGAAGGAAGAAUUCCCAAGGCGCCGGCCCGUGCCCCGCGAACGUGUAUCAUAAUUUUAAAUUUAAACGAAAGAUAAUGCAAAAAAAAAACACACACAAGCGCGUUAAACAAUAGAUCUAGUAGUGUAUGUUCUGUAAUCAACUGAGACGUAAGCGAAGAUAAAGACAAGAUAAUAAUAAUAAAAAAAAGCGGGUCACACCGCGGAAAAAGCACAAAAAAAAUAAUUUACAAAUAUAUUGAUUUACAUAUGCCCGUAACUCGUAAGAGGGCCGGUGGCGCAAACGCGUCCGCCCGCGUGAGAUUUUCGGGCCCUACGACGGCGAUGAAGGAGAGGAGACGGCGGGACACGCACACGCAACGAGAGCGUUCGCGAGUCGCGACGCAAAGAACCAGCUCGCAUAAAGCGGAAGAAGCGCUCGAGGAGCGCGAGAGACAUCGUGAGAGGAGAUCGCGAGCGAUUGGAUCGUCCGUUUUCGUCGCGAGAGACGCGGCGAGCCGCGCAAAGACAAGGAUGAAGUAGAAGCGGUCGAACCGCGACGGAGGGACGAGGAAAGAGAAAAAAGGACAGAGGCUCACGUGCGUCUAACGACGGGAAAAUCCGGAGAAGGAAACCCCGACAGACGUCACGGACGAUCCGAAGAUACAAAAAGCGCUCCCGACCGUAGCCCACUCGUGGAAACGCGACCCAAGUAGUCGAGAAGGGGCCCAGGGAUGAUUUAAUAAGAAAUAUAUACAUAUAUAUAUAUACGAAAAGGUAUAUAUAUAUAUAUACAAUGAUGAAAAUCCAUAGCGCGACGUCGCCUGCAAAAUCGGCCCUAACCAUAAUCUUAAUCUCUUUCAUGUAAAUUUGCUAAAUGUUUAAAUAAUCUAAAAAGUGCCAUAGCCCGGAUGCGCUGGUGCAUACUCCCAGCGCAUACACACUCACAAAUACGACUCGAUCUUCACGAAUCAAACGCAAAAUCCGCGGAUCCGCGCGUGCCUGAGCGCGCGCACGGCCGCGGUAAAAUUGGUAUUCUCGCCAAGGAACAAAUACAAUGUACAACAGCGACAGAAACCAACGCAAACAGGACACCCGCACAAGAUGAACGGCGCGCGAUCCGCGUCGCGCGUCCCGAUGACACAGAUCAAAGCAAAGUUGCCCUGGUUCACGAGCGUGCAACCCCGCGCGCUCAAACAUAUUUCAAUACACGAGCGCGAGACGCGCUCACACACACGUAUACAAGAUACAGUUCUACACUAUUUUCUACACAAAAGCACACUUGUCUACACUAUAAUUACACACGCUACGGAUAUGUAAAGCCAAUUAAUUUUGUAAAUUGCCCAAAAAAGGAUUUUUAAAAAGCUACGAUUCGGCCUCGUGUAAUAAUAUAUUUUCACGCGCGUCAUGCAAAUAACGCCGAUUCGUCUCGAAAAAGCUUCCCGGACCUCUCUCGAUAAAGAGAGGGAGAUGGCGCGCUUUUCAGACGGAGACGCGUCAUUUCGGGCGUCGUUGAAAAACGUUGAUCGAUUUCUCAUGGUAAUUUGAAAAAUAAAAAUUUUGUGGAUGACACGACAGCACACGCGUUUGUGCUCUCAAUACAAUGUAAUGUAUAAACGGAGCAAAAUUCGCGGCCUUUGGCAUACGUUUGGAUGCAGUACCGAUGAUGAACGGAGCGUGCACGCUCGUGCGAGAUUAGCGCGAGUGCGCACGCCCAAAACGCAUCCCGGACUUGACACGAGAGUACCCGGAUGUGACGUGUGGGCGGCCUCUUCGUCGGGCUACGAAUCCCGACGACGGACAGGUGGCGAGGUGCCAAAGAAUCUCGUCAACGAGAGUCGACGAGAGAAGCGAGACAAAGAGAGAGAGAUAUACACGUAUGUAUAUAUCUCGAGAGGAGAGAAGCGCGAGGAGCAAUAGACGAAGUAACGAACAAAGUUCGUGUUCCCUUUGAUCGAAAGAGAAAAAGAGAGAGAGAGAGAGAAAGUGAGAAAAAGGCACCUUGGAUGCCACCGGGAGAGACCCCUGUUCCACGAGAUGCAAUCACGAAAGGUGUAAUAAUCACAUAAGGAACACACACAACCAAGAGGAAUGUGGCAGCGGCAAUUGCAUAAGGGCCGUUGUUCGAGUGCGGCUUUACAAGCAAAAACCGUUGGUUUGUUUUUGAUCGGGUUUUAAUUUUUUAAUGAAAUAAUCUCACGACGAAUAUAUAUGACGUACGAUCGCGCGCGCGCGCGCGCGCCCGCCGCAAAGAUUUGCAGCGGAGCAGCAAAGUGCUUACGCGGCAAUAUUUAUGGGGGCAACACGGCACGACGUACGACGUAUGUGCAUAUUAUUCGUGGCAGUGUGUAUCGUAAGUGCGCAGCAUAUGAUAAAACCGACAGUCUAGCAGUGCGAGCGCCUCGGCGGCAUUCGCGUUUUCACGCGGUGUCUCUGACCGAGCCUCCGUGAUUAAAAACCGGAAUAAGUUGUUUCAAUGUCCACUAUAUAAAAUGAAAGAGCCAUAGUUGUUAAGGCGAUGGGCUCCGGCGUUCGGCGAGUCGACUCGACCUCGCAUUAUCGCGUUCGUCCUGGCCCCAGCGAGAAAACUUCGAGAGAGAUGACGGCGGCGAGUCAACGGGGAAAAAACGCGCGAGAGCAAGAUUUUAACGACCGCGAACAUUUCGGCAUUUCCAUCAAAAUUACGAGGUUCCUGGCAGAUCGAAACGAUCGAGGUAGCCGAGACAAUCCGACACGGGAAUUUGGCGUCUAAAUAAAGUAUUUGGAAAACAAAAUUUUACUCUCCGAUUCAUAUUCUCGCCACAUUUUUCACGUUAAAUGCGACUCUCCGAUUUUUCUUCUCGUCUCUUAACAAGAGAACGACAUUUAAUAUGCCGGUAAAAAGGGAACGAAAGUCGAAUGUCGCGUUUGGCGCUAAGCGUGUGUAGGGAAAAUAUGGAUCUUUAUCUCGGCUACACCAAGCGGAAGGGAAAAGGAAAGAGCAAGACGGUAGGAUAACAUCGGAAAAGGAGAGAAUCCAGAGACUCUAAACCUUAUGAUCGAUCGAAGUCGUGAAGAAGUAGCGACUGCCAUGAUCCCAAACCAUCUAUAUCGACAAUUGUCAAUGGUCGACAACGACGAGCGUGCGGACCCAUCGCGCUGUCUCAUCACGGACAGAUCAUGCGAAUACGAAGAUACCUAUCGAUUAGACUCGACUUGGCACGAUCGUAUCGCGUGAUCUCCGUGAUGAGACGAUACUCUUUUCAAAAUAUUCUUCAUAUUUCCGUUCAGGAGAAUGCGUUUCUUUCAACCUGAACCUGAUCAACCCCCCGUAUGCGUGUCCGAGGUGAAAAACCGAGUCCAUUUAUUCGGUGUUGAACGAAAAAAUAAAAAAAAUAUAUUCAUCGCAAAAGAAAUAUGAAAAAAUUGCGAAUGUACGUGGAAAGCGAGUAAUUGCGAAUCGGCUAAUAAAAAAAAGAAGACGGGAUACGAAAAUGAAUACGAAUCAGUGUAUUGUCCGCUGAGUGGGUGCCUUCGUUAGGGUUUUCCGUUACAGUAAACAGACAGAGUUCUCAAUAUAACUCACAAUUAGUAGUGCUAUGGUAGAACAGUAAUCACAAGUGUACCGCAGUUAAACAAUUAAAUAAGUAAGUAUACGGGAAGCACGUGGUCUUUUUCAGUGUCUGCAGAAUCUCGUCGUACAUCAUCUACCGCUAAUCGGGUAGUGACACGACCGGAAGUAUACCGGAUUCAUUUCGUGCGCAACCUCCUACCCCUCCGAUCCCGAUCCCUUCGUUUAGGUAAACAUUUCUUCCUUUCCCCUCCCCUUUUUUUGGACCUCGAACGACCGGGGCGAAAAAAUUCGAUUAUCGAGAGAAAGACAUCCUAAGAGCAAAAUUUAAAGAAAUUACCCAACCUCACCAAAAACCGGUCGCUCACAAUCCCUCCUUUCACACGAUUCAAUCGUCAUUUAACGAAUAAAUAUGAUAAUAAGUGUACUAAGUGUCUGUAGUUUAGCCAACGUGUACGUUGUAUACUCUGAGGUAGGCGCGAGGAAGCCGAAGAGGGAGAUAGGAUGUGAAUGAGCUAGAGCAGAGUAAAGAAAGGAGAGAGGUAGACGAUUGCACGGUGGAGCCAUAUUUAACUAACUGAUAACGAUUAAUUAAUUACAGUAAUCAUUCAAGAUGACUUAAUUAACCGUACCGCAUACACACAUGCAUAAUUAUUAAUUACACGUACUCCAGUAUUAUAAGUAAGGCCGCUAAUGCGGUAGCGCCGCGCGUACCGCGCGCACCGCCUUUAUCCAAUAAAUAAAUCGCGGAGGCACUCACUACGGAACACGACGAGCAGGGACUCUAGGACUCGGAUGCGGAUCGGAGGGUACCUGAACACGCGAGCCGCGAUCGUCCAGAGAUCGAAACUGUCCGCAACAUAUUGUUCAACGUGAGGGAAUUAAAAAACACGAAGCCAAGUUUUCUCCAAACAAACUUAUCCGGCUUUUCUCCGACGUCGGACGAUCGAAGAAUUAUACAUUCGAAUUAUUUUCGGCAGUUCGAGACGCCUGAAACGUUGGUUUCAGCCGCCAGUUCGCUCGACAUCAUCCGUGUCAGGCAACGCGUGUUCAGGUGUCCCGUAUCCCCGUUACUUUAUCAGUCUUUCAAGUGCAACGUUGAGUUAUUUCACUUACAGCGUUGUUUUUCUACACAAUACAAAAUACCCCACCACCCAUCCCCACCGGCGAACCAAUUCACCUCAUCACGCUCCCGCAGGAACAAAGCAUCCCUUUCAUCCACUACUCCCCACUCAUUCCCCCUCAUAUACAAUGUUGUUUCACGUUCGUUCGCGAUGAACUUGGUUGCGAGUUCGACGGCAACUACGCUCCGUUCCUCAUUAGACAAAAUUAAAAAUUAAAAAUUAUCAAGCAAGUUUCUUUUUUUUACAUAAUUUUUAAAUAAAAUAAACAUUUUUGAAAUGCUCAUGAAAGAAUAUCAUUAAGAAAGUUUAUUUUCGAUAUCUUCUCUUGAAAAAGUACUUUCAGAAAUUCCAGGAAGUUUCUUGCAAAAAAUGAUCCAAUCGAUGCAUUUGCAUCUUUGAUCGUGGAACGGAGCGUGCUUGACCUCGACUCCGAAAAUAGCGAACGUUAAGUUUCAGAAUUCAGACUUUUACGUACAGUUAGUUACCGAGUAAUACAGCGCAAGUUAUCGUUAAUUUUCGACGCGCAGUCUCGUCGCGACGAGGGUGAUUUAAAAAACAACCUCACCUGCAGUAUAUUCGGAUCGCGAAGAGCGCGACGAGAAUGCGCGUGCAGGUUUAAUGGUAUCGAUUGAGUUUGGUCGAAGUCCCCUUUUGGGCAAACACACCGACGCACUUCCGGUCCCGCCGGCCUGCAUCGUUCGACGGAAAUUUAAAAAAUAAAAGAAGAAAAAAAGGGAAAACAUUAUCUCUCGAGCCUCCGAAAAGAUCGCGA